UUGCGGCGUUCAAUCAGUCCCGCCGAGUCCAACCUAAUUAAAAACUGUGAUUACUAUUAUUAUUCUUAUCGUUUGGUUUAGUUAAGCUGACGCGCCUGACAAAGGAAUCAUCAGGUUGAACGGUGAAGUGCACGCGACUACUCAGUAUUUCGUCGCACUUUUCCAGAUAAACGCUGUCCUUCAAUGGCGAUUCUUAUUGAACUGCUGAUAAUUUUGAUCUCAACCUUGGCCCUGAUAAUGGCCAUCUCCCUCUGCCAAUCGCACAAGUCCAAAGACCACUGCGAUGUGCCUGAAGCCGAAGGCGGUUGGCCUAUUUUCGGCCACCUUCUUCAGUUCGGCAGCAAGGACCUGAUGCACAAAAAGUUCGGUUCCAUGGCUGACAAGCAUGGACCUAUUUUCAGCAUAAGAUUAGGCUGUCAUCGAGCAAUCGUGGUGAGCAGUUGGGAAGUGGCUAAGGAGUGUUUCACCGUCCAUGACAAGGCCUUUGCGGAUCGGCCGCUGAUCACCGCCACGAGGCUCAUGGGCUACAACGGAGCCAUGUUCGGCUUCACUCCUUACGGGGAAUAUUGGCGAGAGAUGCGCAAGAUUGGGACAAUCGAGCUCCUGUCGAACCACCGGCUUGACUCACUGAAGCACAUACGAGUUCUCGAGGUUGAGACGGCGAUAAAAGACUUGUUCAAAGCCUGGAUCGAAAAGGGAAGGCCCAGAAGUGGGGUCCUAGUGGAAAUGAAGUCUUGGCUAGGAGAUUUGAUGCUCAAUGUGUCUUUGAAAAUGGUUGGAGGGAAGAGCUACUUUGGUUCGAAGGAUGACACCGAGGCAGAGACGUGCAAAAGGUCGAUCAGGAGGUUUUUCGAUGAGUUCAGGGUCUUCAUAAUGUCUGAUGCGGUCCCAGCUCUGGCCUGGUUGGAUAUAGGUGGCCAUGAACGAGCGAUGAAGGAGACGGCGAAAGAGAUGGAUGUUUUGGCUCAGGGGUGGCUAGAGGAGCAUAGAAGGAAGAGGUCGUCCCGCCCCGGAGGCGAGACAGAGCAAGAUUUCAUGGAUUUGAUGCUGAAUGCCAUGGAGGGUGUGAGCUUUUCAAAUUUUGAUGCGGACACAAUUAUUAAGGCGACUUGUUUGAACAUGAUUAUAGGGGGGACCGAUACUAUAACGGCAGCGCUCAUGUGGGCGUUGUCGCUGCUAGUGAACAAUCGCCGCGUGUUGAAGAAGGCACAAGAAGAGCUGGACGCCCAUGUCGGCAAGAGCAGGGCCGUGGAAGAGUCCGAUGCGAAGAAGCUGACCUACCUCCAAGCCAUCGUCAAGGAGACGCUGCGUUUGUAUCCCCCUGUGCCAAUUGGUCUUAGAAGUUCCAUGGAGGAGUGCACCUUCUCUACCGGCUUCCGCAUUCCGGCAGGUACGCGUUUGCUGUUCAACAUCGGGAAAAUACAGAGGGACGAGCGCGUUUGGUCCAACCCGGACGAGUUCCAGCCCGAGAGGUUCCUCACGACGCACGAGAACGUGGACAUGACAGGUCAGAACUUCGAGCUCAUCCCCUUCGGCGCGGGGAGGAGGUCCUGCCCGGGAACCUCGCUGGGUCUUCGCAUGGCACACUUGGUGCUGGCCAGCUUGCUGCAGAGUUUCGAGAUCGCCACGGUCUCGGACGAUGCCGUGGACAUGACCGAGAGCCCCGGCUUGUCGAAUUUGAAGGCAACCCCGCUUGAAGUCAUGCUCAUUCCACGCCUUGAUCAGAAGGUUUAUGAAAGAGCUGAGUAGGAGAAAUUGUAAUCUCUUGACUAUAGUUACUACAUUAUUACGAGGAGAGCCACAAGCUCCAUUGUCUCUUGAAGCCAAUUAAUAAUGGUAAACUUGAAGCCAAUUACUUAAAUGAUCAGUUCUGUUCA